GGCUCUGCAGUAGUUUUCGUCGGAGAGUUUCGAGUUUCAUGCAGUGUGAAAAAAAUAUGGACGAUUGGGAGAAAUUUGUGAAAAAGUGCAAUUUUCAGUGAAUAUCUGGACUUGUUAGUGCCCCAAAGUGGUAAGAAAAUCUUGUUGAAAUCCUCUAGAAUAGAUGUGAGCGGGUUGAAGGCUCUCUUCUGUGGAUUUUUGAAACACUGAGACUGAGAUUAGAGGGAAAUUGUGAGACGUCCGGAAGGGGAUUUGUGGCUUCUGGGCAGCUCUAGAAUGCCGAUGAUAUCAACUCGGACGGGUACGUCGUGCUUACCACCAUCUGUGGGAUCUUACUGCUCCUCCAGUACAGCGACAAAGAGUCGCCUGGGCAGCAGUGGCUACAGCUCAUCACUGGGCGACAGCUAUCUCAGUCGCUACAGAUCCCCAUUGUCCAGUGUCAGCUCAAGUUCCACCACAUCCCUCUACCAUCGCACCAAUGAUUCACCGAGUCGGAGUAUCAGCAUCAGCUCCAAUGCGAGAUUUGGAGUAAGUAAAGUGCCCCGUGCCAGUUGCGAUAGAGAUCCUCCAUCAUCCACAUCAUCGUCGGGUCGUUUGCGCUCCACAGACAGUCGCACACGUGACAGUGAUUCUCAGCUUGCACGCAGUCUCGCCACAUCCGGUGCCGAUCUAUAUGAGAAAUAUAGUCCGGCCUACUAUAUACCAAAAUGUGAAUUAUCACGUUCCAGAUCACUGUCCGAAGCCAGUAAAAUUGGUCCAACGGCUAAAGGUACCAAUGCUCCCCAAGAUCCACCAGCGGAUACCCAAGAAAAUGGGGAUAUUGGGGUGCUGGCGGGUGGUCAGCAAACACCAUCAGGCUCCACCUCCUCCACUGCAAUAUCCAAGGUAAGAGUUUGUGCGUCCCCUUCUCCGCCAACAGCGCCACCAAACGUGUCCACAUCUAACAAUAACACUGAGAUGCUUUCCACUAACACAAAAUCCACACAAUCCUCCGACAAUUCCAAUCCCAAGCGCCAGAGAAUUGUCUUCGGCAGUACAUUUCGCGAUCAGAACUUCCUCAAGCCGGAAUGUGAUCUGGCCAGGAGUCAAGUGGUGCGGAGUUCAGAUGCCGAAGCCAACAACAAUGAUACACUCCUGGUGCAGGGUAAUCGUCUGGCCAUGCAAAAGCCCCUGGUUCACACAAAAUUUCGCCAGAGACUGCAAAUUGUGGAGAAUGGCAAUAAGUCGGAAUUGGAAGAGAUCCGCAAUACCAUCCUCAAGGCCUACAAACCCCUCAAUCCGGACGAGGAGAAAAGUCCCUCCGACAGUUCGGAUGACAUCAAAUUCAUCGACAGCGAUGAGAGUGAGUAUCAGAAGAUAACACAAAAAAUUGCCACACUGACGCCCAAGGAAAAACCAUCCACGGGAAAUGCAACACUCCCAUUUGCCGGAAGGCGCACAGAAUCCUCCGGGAUGUACAAUACCCUGUCUACGGUGACCCGUGGAGGAUUCCGCAAAAUCACAGAGGAUCAGACUUCAGAGCCGCCCAAUGAUAAGAUUAGUGGAAAUGUCUUGGAAGUCAAUGGAAGUAUUCGCUCAACGAGCCUCCGAAGUGCUCUGCCACCUGUUUCGCCGGUUCGAUCAUGGGACCGAUCCCGGUACCGCGAUCUCUAUGACAGUGACUACAAAACCUCCUCGACGCUUUCCAGUUCGUCCAUCUUGAAGGAUGCCUAUGACAAAGUGACCACAGACAGUGGAGAAGGACUAUGUGGUCUGAGAAACAUUGGAAAUACGUGCUUUAUGAACUCUGUGAUUCAGUGUCUGAGUCACACAAAUGAUCUCACGACCUUCCUCAAGAGUCAACGUGAUCCCAAGUCAGUGACGAAGGAUCAGAGGAUUUUCAGUGAAUUUGUCAAGUUGAUCAAGGAGAUGUGGAGUUCGGGAGUACGAAGUGUAACUCCCAGUGAUCUCAAGUCUGCCUUCUCCAGUAAGCACAGAAUGUACAGUGGCUGUGCUCAGCAAGAUGCCCAGGAAUUCCUAAGAUUUUUCCUGGAUAGUUUGCAUAGUGCCCUGAAUGAGGGCGUUAAGACAGAAGGACUCCAGCUGGCGGACAAUCUCAAUGACAGCCGGAAGGCUGAUCUUAUGUGGGAAUGGUACUGUAAGACAGAGAAAUCCUUGAUAAAAGAUUUAUUUGUGGGACAACUCAAGAGUACACUCAAGUGUACAGUUUGUGGAAAUACCAGCGUUACUUUUGAUCCUUUCUGGGAUCUGAGUCUUCCGCUGUCGGCUUCAUCUACACGCAGCAAACUCGAAAAUUGUCUAGAGUUGUUUAUUCGUGAGGAGAUUCUCGAUGGGGACGAAAUGCCGACGUGCUCAAAGUGUCAGACAAGGCGCAAGAGCACCAAAAGUUUCACCAUUCAGCGUUUCCCCAAAUAUUUGGUGAUCCAUCUCAAGAGAUUCUCAGAGACGCGCUGGAGCAAACUGACCAACAUCAUUGAAUUCCCAACGGGAGAGAAGGAGCUCAAUUUAACACCAUACGCUUCCACUAGCAACUACUCAUCGACUCUCUAUUCUCUCUAUGCAAUCUCUAAUCACAUGGGGUCUACCGGUGGUGGACAUUAUGUGGCUCUCUGCAAACAUCCGCAGACGGGAAAAUGGCACGAAUUUGACGACAAUACAGUCAGAGAUGCAACCGAAAGCAGCCUAAUUUCCUCCAGUGCCUAUCUCUUGUUCUACGAACGUGUCUAGGACUAAACUCGCCGCUGGACUGAAGGGCAAGUAAACCCAUUCAGAAUUAACUAAUGAUAUAUUAAUGAGAGAGCGAUCUUACAAGAUAAAAAAAAAACCGACGAAAAAGAGAAAAAAUUUCAAGAGAUAAAAUGAAAAAAGAGAAAUUGAAUGAUAAGAAGAAAUUUCAGAUGAAUAUUUAGACAAAAUGAAAAUAUUUUAGGUAAUAUUAAUGAAAAAAAAAGAACAGAGUAUUUUAAUUUUUUUUGCUGGCUUGGGAUUUUUUUCUUUGCAAUCGUGUUGAAAUUUUACUUAAUUUUUUUGUAUAGAGAUUUUUUUCCUAAAAUUCUUCUACCAAACAUUUUUUGUACUGUUUGCGGGGAGAUUAUUACUAUAUUUUUUAACAGAAGCAAAAGAUAUUUUUUAUACACACAAAACGAGUGUAUUUUGACAAGUUUGAAAGGAUUUAUUUUUUGUUGUUGUGCUAUAACCUAAGAUUUUUUUUUAAAAAAAGAAAAGUCACUAGCUUUCAAAUAUUUCUUUUAUUUUUGUAAUUUAAUAUAUUUAUUAAAAAGAAAAAUAUAUAUUUGUGUGUAUUUGUUUAGAAAUAAUGACAGGGUUAUUCGAUUAGAAAAAAAUAAUGAGCAUUGCUGAAGAAGUAAGAAGGUGUUGGGUUUAAAUUUGAGAUUUAUCUGAAUUUAUACUGAGCAAACCUCCUUACUUUGUGCCUUGAUUUAACUUAAAGAGAAGUAAAAAAAAACAAAUGAAAAGAAAAAUAAUAAUAAUAUUUAUAUUAGUGUAUGAGAAAUUGCUGACCUAUUUAUUUUAUCCUAUUUUUCCUUUACUCCUAUGUUUUUUUUAUCGUCAUAAAUUAAGGUUUAUAGCCUUUCAAUAAAGAUAAAGAAAUAAAGUAAAAAUAUUUGGCAUCCAAAUAUUGAAAGCUGCAAAAUAAAAAAACUGUCCAAAUUAUUUCAGGGAUUGAUUUUUUUUUCAAAAGCUCAUUUGUGAGAUUCUUCAAAGGUGUCUACACAUUGAGAACAAUUUUCGUCAAAAAUUGCUUUUUUGAAGGAAAUUGGCUGCAGUGCUGUAGGCAGAAACGUCAAAAUUCUGUCAAAAAUGCAAUUUUUGAUAAAAAUUGCUCCCAAUGUGUAGAGGCCUUAAGUCCAUAGACUUCUCAAGAACUAAGAAGUCAACAAAAACCUAAUUUCUGAAACAAUCGUCAGCCCUAUAAUACAGAAAUGCGGAAAGCGAACCAUAAGUGGAAAGUUCCUCGGAAUUUUCCAGUAUUUUUCUUAAGAAAUUCCAUACCAUUUUUCUGUGGAAUAUUUCCAAGGAAAUUUAUGUGAAUAAAAUAGAACAGCCCUUUAGCUAAUCGGCCGCAAUGUUUCACUUUAGAAGAAUAAUCCAUAGAAUUCAUCUGCUUUUUCCACAUGAGCUUCCAUGGAAAAAUCUUUUCAUUUGGAUAUCCUUAGGAUCCAAGGAAUUUUCUGAUAAUACAUUGAGGAAAUUUCCUGGAAAUUAUCUCAAAAUUUUCACUGAAUAUUCCAAGUAUAACUCGCGAUAUCUUGUCCAAAACUCAAUGGAAUUGAUGACAAAAAUUCCACUCUUGUGUUUUCACCCUAAAGCUAUAAUUCGUACAAGCAAUACAUACUCAAGUGGACAAUAUAGAAGUAAACUAGUAAACCAACAAUAACCCAUUAACACUUUUUGAAUUUGUCCACGGAAUUCUUCCUUGGAUUUUCCACAGGAAAACAACAGAAAAUUUCCGAGAAAGAGUACUAAGUGAAAGACUCCAUUAGAAAAACAGUGGAGUUUUCUAUGGAUUUCUUCCAAUGGAAUCCAUGGACGUGUUUUACAAUUGAUUUUCAUAGAAAACUUCUCUUGAAUUUUCCGUGGUAUUCUUUGUGCGAUGAUUUUCAGGAUAAUUUUUUUUUUUCAAGAAAAUUAUUAAAAUUUACAUUGAAUUUUUGUGGAAUUUAGGGCCUUGACAGACAUGAGGAUUAGCUGAGAGACUGUUUAGCGUUAUUAGAAAUAAUGGUUAAACUACAUUACUAUCAUUUUCCACUAAGUCGUCUCUCGGCUUAAGUCGUAAGUGUGUCUAGGGCAUUACACUUGGAGUAUCCUACGGAAAUGUUAAGGCAAUUUCCAAGAGAUAUCCGCAUACAAAUUAGCAUUAUCAUAUCUUGCACUUUUUAAGGAACUUCCAUUCGAAAAAAAUGCAAAUGACUGCAGGACUUAUUACGAAAAUUUAGCGUUUUAUUCAAUGGGAAUUAAAGUGGGAAAGUUCCGGAUAAAUUCCAUGGGAGUUUCUUCUAAAGUGGAACCUGGUGACUGUUCAGUUAUAGGGUUGUCCCUAUAAAAUUAUUAGUUUUCCAUAAUUUUACCCGCAAAUUGGUAGGUGCUACAAGAAAAACUAGGACUUUCUAGUACAUUUAAAGUUGGAAAGAUUAACACUAGUGGCGCUCUAGUUGAUUUUCAUACUACAUAACCUCAAAUAUUUCUACUUUAAAAAAAUAAACCAAUAAUGAAGAGCAUUUACGAGCAAAUUUUUCCUAAAAUUCUUUUUCUUCAAUUCUAUCUAUCUUUCAAAUAAAUUACUUUAUUUCUUUUUAUCUCUAUUGUUAGGAUAUAGAGACGAGAUAGUUUAAUAAAAACUAAUCAAAUGAGAUUCAACAAAGUGAUCCUAAUAAUUUCCUCAAUUUAUCAUCCUUUACUUUUAUUUCUUCUGGAUCAUUGGAAAGAAGAUGAAUGUUAGAUGUAAAAUAAAAGAAGAAUAUGAAAAGUCGUUUAGAAAAAUUGUAGGUGUUCAUGAGAAACAAAAAAAAAACUUAAAAGUCAAUGGUAAAUGUUGAUGGUACGUGUUUGAACCAAAGAUUGUUCCCCAAACUCUUUUCUUUCCCCUUCUUUAGUCUUUUUUACUCGAACCGGAGAAAAAAAAACUAAAGAAAACUUAACCGAUGUGCAACAAUUCAAUCUGAAUGAAAAUUAUCGUAAAUUUUUAUUCUGUGCAAUACUUUUAUCACGAAAUUUUAAGACACAUUUUUUAUACUAUUUUGUUGUUUGUUUUUAUUUUGUUGAAUCCACUAAUAAAAAAAUAUAACACUUUUAAAUGACAAAAAAAAGAAACUAAAAUUGAAAAAUGUGAUAGCAGAUGAAUUUGGCACUAAAACAUCGCAAAAAAAGGAAUUUCCUCACAGAGAAUUAAACACUGAAUGAAAAAUGAACUAAUUAUUCAAUUAGUAAAAAAAGAGUUAGUAAAAAGAAUAUAGCAAAAAAUAUAUUUUUUCCAAAAAAAAAAAACAAAUAUUAUUACAUUGUUGUUUACUCUUGCACGCUGAGUAAAAAAAAAAGAAACAGUAGAUUUUCAAAUUUUUGAAUGAAAAACAAUUUAAAUAAAAAAAAACUCGCAAAAAGUAGAAUUUUAAAAUUUUUAAAUAGCCAAAAAAACAGAAAAUAUAAAUCAAAUUGUUGAUAAAAAACAGUAGAACAAAUUUAAACAAUUGUGCUGUAGCUAGAGGAGUAGAAGGAGAAAAAAACAAAGAACUACGCUGAUUAAUAAAAUAGAACAAAAGAAAUUAACAGAAAGCAAAAAACGCUAACAAAAGAUAGUUAUUAAUCAAUGAUAAAAGAACUUUAUAUGAAGAAAAUCAAUACGUUUAUUUUUUUGUUAUUUAUUUUUAUUUAUGAACAAAAACCUUUUAGAAAUUGUUAAAAGCUACAUUUAUUAUUUUCUAAUUAUGUGUAAUGUGAAAUUAAUCCACAGACAAGAUAUUGUUAUAUUUAAUUAAAUUAAAGAAAUCCUAUUAUCAGAAAACAAAAACA